AAUCGGACAUGUGCGUGCGCCCAAUUCUAUCGGCCAACUUUUCCCAUCACGUGGGUGCGAACAGGUGUGGUACCACGCAAAACAAAAGGGGAAGCACUUUAAUUCACUUCAUUACAGGAAUAAACGGUGAUGGAGCACCGGAGACUGAAAAUUGGUAGCACUGAGAGAAAGAAGAUAUUUAUUCCAAUAAAUCUCAGUCGAUGAGGCUGUUGUUUACUCACUUGAAUUAUAAUAAUAAAAAAAUAUUUGAGGCCAUUAUGUAGUUUUAAUAUGCAAAAACCUAUCUGUAGUGAAGUGGUAACACGAGAAUUGAGCAAAGUCAGGCGAAUACCAAAACGUCCCUGAUGAGUACUGGGAGCGCCAGGGCACACCUCUCAGUUAUUACUAUUUCGUAUUGUGCAUAGAGGGUGGUUGCCUACAACGUGGAUCCCAUAUUUUGUAUUUUCAGUCUCUCUGUUUUAUCACUGCGGGACAGUGGCCUUUAUCAAAUUCCUCCAAGGCGCACUUAAUGGGGAAUAAAGUCGCGACGUUUAGUGAAGAGCAACUAGAAGACUACCAGGACUGCACGUUUUUUACGCGAAAGGAGAUUUUGAGAAUUUUCAAAAAAUUUCGAGAGAUUGGAGAUCCUGGGGUGGUUCCUCGCAGCAUGUUGGCAGGUGAAGCCUCGAAACUUCGAAUCCCACUUUCGUGUCUCGAAAAAAUUCCGGAGUUGAGAGAAAAUCCGUUCAGAGAGAGGAUAUCUGAGGUCUUCACGAGCUCGAACGAGCUACGUAAUUCACUGGACGAGGGAAUAUGCUUCGAGGAGUUCCUGGAGAUGAUGUCUGUAUUCUCGGAACAAGCUCCACGUGAUUUGAAAGUUUUCUACGCCUUCAAGAUUUAUGAUUUUGAUGAAGAUGGAGUUGUGGGAAUGUCAGACCUCGAGAAAACCUGUCGUCAACUGGUUCAAGAUGGUCUGACAACCGAGGAAAUAGGAACGAUUUGUAAAAAAGUACUUGAGGAGAGCGAUAUCGAUGGAGAUGGGGCAUUAUCGUAUCUGGAGUUCGAACAUGUCGUCACAAGAGCCUCAGACUUCUUGGCAACAUUCCACAUUCGCAUCUAGUUCCUUAUUCUCCUCGAUUGAGUGAUUUUACAGGGAAAUUUCACAGGUAUUUCAUGUCACGUUUAAUGUUAACACGAUUUGUUGAAAAUAUAAUUCAAUCCUCUGGGUUCUCUACGAAUUUUUUUCAUUUAUAAUUAUUGAAAUUGUGUGCAAAAUAUUGGACAUGUAUUUUUUCAUUUACUUUGUAUCUUUCUUUUGAGAACGGGAAAUCUAUUAUUACAUCUUAUGAAUUUUUAUUGUAAGUAAUAAAAAAAUGAUUGUCUCAGGCUCUUCAAAAUA